AUGGCCGAUACCAAGACCACCACCCCUGAUACCGUUUCCAUCAAGGAUUCCGUUUUGCUUGAUACACAACCAUCCAAGGCAUCAUCCGUUACCAUCACAACAGCUGAGAUAAAAGAUCCACGGCUCAAGGAUGAGAUGUAUGAUAGCAAGCUGGAGUGGACAGAAAAAGAAGAGAACGAGGUGCGGCGGAUAUUGGAUAUUCGUCUAAUGCCGUUCAUCUUACUCAUGUCGUUCGUGCUCAAUAUGGAUCGCACCAAUAUAUCAAACGCUAUUUCCGAUAACCUUGCAGAAGAUCUUGGCUUUAACAAUGAUGGCGUCAAUCUCAGUAUUCUUGUUUAUUCUAUCAUCUUCACCAUUUUCACCUUGCCUUCCAAUCCAAUUGCCAAAAGAAUCGGCGCUCAUUUAUGGAUCCCCAUUCUUAUGAAUUCAUGGGCUAUCGUCACUUGGGCACAUGCAUUGAUCCACGAUUUUGAUGCAUUCAUGGCUGUACGUGUUUUGAUUGCUGUCACUGAAGCUGGAUUCAUCCCUGCAUGCCUCACCUACUUAACGGGAUGGUACAAGACCAAGGAACUCGCCACACGACUUGCCUACUUUUGGGGUAUCCAAUCCUUUGCAUCUGCAUUUUCCGGAUUAAUCUCCUUUGGCGUGUUUCGGAUGGCAGGUAUUGGUGGUCUUGAGGGCUGGAAAUGGUUGUUCCUGCUGGACGGGAUCUUGACCCAUAUUGUUGGUGUUAUUGCCUUUUGGUAUCUUCCAGCCAAGGCAGGAAAGACACGAGGAUGGUUUACUGAAAGACAAGCUAAGAUUGCAGCAACACGUGUUAUUCGUGAUGAUCUUAGCAAAACGGAUCAACACGCACCCAUCACUUGGGAUGAUGUCAAGGAAGCGCUUUUGGAUACCAAGAUCUGGACUCAUUUAAUCACCACAUUCAUUGCAAUGAUGCCUGGUACACCAAUCUCUACGUAUUUACCAAGCAUUAUCCGUGAUGGUGGAUUUUCCGUUACUACAGCCAACUUGUUGACCAUCCCAUCGCACAUUAUUGGUCUUAUAUUCUCAAUCAUUAUUGCAGCAAGCUCGGAUCGCUAUGGUGAAGUAUGCGUUCACGCCCUUAUUGGUGUUGUUUGGCAAGCAGCUGGUUAUGCAGCCUUAUGGGGAAUGCCAGUGGAUGCGAGUCGUUGGAGCAAGUUUGCAGCAGCCACUGUUACAGCAGCAGCACCUAGUUGGCACGGCAUGCACAUUGCCUACAUGUCAGCCAAUUUGUCACCCGCUGGUAAACGUGCACUCGCACUUGGUGCCAUUAUUGGUUCAGCCAACAUUUGUGGCGUACCUGGGUCACAAAUCUAUAGCGCAUCGGAUGCUCCAAGGUAUCUACGUGGCAACAUGAUUUGCGUCGUUCUCAACAUUGUGGCUGCUUUCCUCUUUUUGUUUCAACGAUUCCGAUACGAUCUCACAAAUCGAUGGCGCAACCGCAAGUGGAACAACAUGUCGGAGGAACAAAAAUUGCAUUACCUCAAGACCACAAAGCACAAGGGAAGCAAUCGUCUCGAUUACCGAUUCAGAAUUUAG